AGCGCCUCGUCAGUCUUCGUUUUUCUCGUGCGUUGAAAAGACUCGCCCCAAGCGACGGUCCUCUCUCUCGCGGCUGAGAUCGAUUUUUCUUAGCAGCAGAAGGCAGCCAGCAGUCAAGUGCAAAACGUCCCGGAAAAGAAGGAACAAUAAAGUGGUGUGCCGCAACUGUUUCCUUUUUUCCUUCCUCCCGCAUUUUUUUGAUGUGAAAGUGCAUCCGUUUUUUUUGGGUUUUUUGUUUUAAAUUCCCUGCUCCCUCGAUUUGUGCCCACACACACGCACACGCUCACACGGGUUCAAACUCUCGAACGGCGGAUUCUUCUAGAUCGAAUAGAAGAAAACGAGCAAAGUAGCCGUUUUUUGUGCCGAAUGGGCUUGGGAUAAGUUUUUGGCUUGCAAAUUACUGAAGGCUCACUCGCGUGCGCGUCCGCGUCCUGAGGUACUACGACAGGAAAGUUACACCGUUUGACGCCCUGUCGAGGCCACGCGUAACGUCGUGAAAAAGCAUCUCAGUGGAGUUACACCACACCUCUGCAGAGGACACAGCUCUAUCCUUGAGCAUCGAGCCGUAGCAUACCGGAGGAGCAGGUGAAUUAUUUGCCAUUCGAGCAAGUAAAAAGUGUUGAAGCAAGCGGCAGAAAGAAGCAGAAUGGCGGAGUCGGAAGACUUAAGUAGUAGCAGUAGCAGUAAUAGCAGUAGUAGGGAGGAUAUGCACUUCUUCGAAGGAGUCGAAAAGCUGCUGGAGAUCUGGUUCAAACCGAACCCAGCGCACAAGAAUGCCGAUCUGCGAAAGAUCCCCAGACCGAUGUGGGAGGCAAUGCUGAAAACGGUACGGUGCGAAAUAAUCAGCUUCACCCGAAACGACCAGAUCGAUGCUUAUGUGCUAAGCGAAAGCAGCAUGUUUGUCUCGAAGCGUCGUUGGAUUCUGAAGACCUGCGGUACCACCACACCGUUGCAGUGCUUCAAACCGUUGAUGCGCAUGGCCAACGAGAUCGCCGGCUACACCGCGAUCGAGGAUCUGUUCUACUCGCGCAAAAACUACAAACGGCCCGAGUUGCAGGUGUCACCGCAUCGUGGGUUCGAUGAGGAGGUCGCAUUCCUCGACCAGUUCUUCGACGAUGGGCGCGCCUACAGUUUGGGUGCGAUCAAUCGCGACUGCUGGCAUCUGUACACGCUGAGCCGCGGGGGAGGGGGCUCCAAAAUUCGCAAACGCAACAACCAUCUGCAUCAGCUGUUGGGCGAGGAGCUGACACUGAUGGAGGAGGAGCAACAACCGUACGAUGAGCUGAUUGCACCGUCCAUGCAGCCGGAUCCGGAUCAGACGAUCGAGAUCCUGAUGACGGAGCUGAACCCGACCGUGAUGGACAUCUUUACCAAGCAUGUCUGCACCACAGCCAAGGAGGCUACCCAGAAAUCGGGCAUCGAUCGUCUUCUGCCGGGCAUGGUCAUCGAUGACUAUCUGUUUGAUCCGUGCGGUUACUCCAUGAACGGGAUCGCCAAGAAUUGUGGAAAGAAAUACAAAGAGGGAUGUUACAUGACGAUCCACAUUACGCCGGAACGUGAGUUUUCGUACGUCAGCUUCGAGAGCAAUGUCGCCUCAUCGGAUUACGGCGAGCUGAUCAGACGCGUCAUCCGCACGUUCCAGCCGAAUAAGUUCAUCGUAACCGUGUUUGCGAACAAGACGUCGAUUGCGGCAAACGCCAACCGCGAGAUCGAAAAUUUGGGCAACAUAGAUCUGUGGAAGCGUCGUGACAUUCAAUAUUCGCGCUUCGCCAGCUACGACCUUACGUACGCCCAAUACUGCAAAUACCCUAGCUGAGGUUUACCGUGCCUAGCUCCACCGCCGGCAGGGGCUAACAUUCCUUCCCUCCCUUCCUUUCCUCCGUCCCCUCCCGUCCUCCCGUCGUCUGAUGCGUUCUCUGGCGAUGGUCCUGCCCACCAGCAACCCACGCUUUCCUCCUCCCUCCACACUACCCCCACUUCCGCACCGAUUCGUGCUGCAGAGGAGUUUAAAAAGAGCAACACCCAGUCACAGCAUCCGCUACCGAUCGGAUUCGUCCGAUUGAUGUUCGGCAUCUUUUCCACGCUCACAGCAUCGUUCGGCACGGGCAGUAACGAUGGCAACGAUGGUCCCGGUAAAAACCAUUACCCAAUCGCUGGCGGUGCUAAACCUGCCAGCGGCAAUGGGAAAUGUUUUAAGCAGCAGCUCAACCAGGAUCGCGACCCGUACCGUGGUGCUGCUGCUGCAGGAAACAAAUCUGCCCAUUUACCGCUGCUGAUGAAUCCAACGGAACUGGUAACAACUCCUCCUCCACCCAUCUGUAUGGAGCAACAGCUGAUGGAUGAUAGGAAAGCGACAACACCACCGCCGGACUGCAAUGAGCUACAGUUUUACGGGCAGCUGAAGAAGCUGCUCGAUCUGCCGGUCCUGUUUGCCAUCUGCUUCGUGCAGCUCAUCUCGUUCGUGCUCGUGCUCAACAUUGAGGAAUGCUCUCCGCUCGUCCUUUUUUCCUGGUGGCGUAACAAGAUAUCCUGAAAUUGACUAGCCGUCGUCGUUGCUCGCCGCAGCCUUCAGUUCUGAUUACAGCCGCCCUCAUCACCGCCACCAACACCGCCACCAUCAGGAUCAUCGACAUCUUUGCGAUUCGUUUGUUAUGUUGAAUGUUAUUAUUAUGUUUGCAAUAAUAAUACUGUAGCAGCAGCAUCAGCAGCAACCGCAACAACACGAUCCGGAUGGUACCGUGCCGAUCGCCUGUGUCAGCAGCUGCUGGUUGUAGAAAGGCGACAAACAUGGCAAAAUGUGUGUGCUUUCUGUUUCAUCGCAAACAAAGAGCAGCAAUUCAGGAGCAGCAGCAGCAGCGGGGCGUCUACUAAAGACAGUGAAGCGCACAACAUCCUUUCCUCGGUAGAUUCUAGCAUUAUCUUCUGCAUUUCACUUGAUCACUCUUACCGCCAUCGGUUCGAUGCAAGUAGCGGGAUCAAGCAGUUAACUGGAGACUCGAUUCCGCUACACCACCUGGCAGAGAAUGAAAAAUGGAAAGGACGACAACCGUAUUGUGUGCCAUCUUCCACUGGACGUCUUGAGUUUGAACGGUGGCGAAAAAGACAUCUAUUGCCGCAAUCUAAAACUUUAAACAUUUCUGAUGCACCACCAGAAAUCACCACCACUUGCGUAGUGUUAGGAAUAGAAACGUUACGCCACCAGAAGAAGAAGCACCAUCCGGGGAGCUAUUCCGCACUACUACCUUACUGUACAACCGUUCUCGGCGUUGCACGACUUCUUCCUGCACCGGUUGAGCCGAUUAUCUUUGCCUUUCUAAUCUCACUCGAUCUGUACUCGUAGCAGCGAUCGGUAGCCUCUUGCGUUCGGUACCACCUGCCCGGUGCAACAAUGCCGAAUGCAAUUAGGUAGCAUUUACUUUACAUUUGUAGCCCCCCCCCCCCCUAAACCCCACUCCCCACUUAUCAUUCCUUAUUGCCGGUGGAUGCUGUUAACGUUUGAUUUGAAAGGGAAUUGCUUUCCUUUUUAUCAUUUUCAAGCACAACCACACACACCCACAAAACAUAAUCCAUUCUCUUACCUUAUUUGAAGAGUAUAUGGAGAAAGGAAGCAGAAAAUAUGUCACACAAAUAUAUAAUACAAAAAAAAACAAAACUCUCACUCUCUCUGUAUAGCAAGCUGUACAGAAGAGGAGAGAUACAGAUUAUAUAAAGCGCAAUCUACUAGUACAUAGUGUUUGCAUAAGUUUAAACUGAAGAAGAAAAAAAAGCCAUUUAAAUGGGAGACACA